UUCACUAUGCAUUGUAGACCAAUGUACAAGGCUUUGAUUCGAUCUUUCAUUACCCUGACUUGUUUUCAAAGUGUUCGGCUGAUGGCUGCAACCAACGCGUGGUCAAAAGUUGUGUUGUUUGGCGACUCCAUAACGCAGAGAUCAUUUGAUGAUGGUAGUUGGGGAGCCUCAUUGGCCUCACAAUUACAGAGAAAAUGUGACAUAGUUUGCCGUGGUUUUUCUGGAUACAACACCAGAUGGAGCAAGAUCAUACUACCACAGAUUAUUGAUAAACAAAUGGCAUCAGAUGUUUCCGUGGUAACUAUUUUCUUUGGAGCAAAUGACGCUGCUCUUCUUGAAAAGGAUCCUCAACAACACGUGCCUUUGGAAGAAUAUGAACAGAACUUACAGAGUCUGGUUGAUUACUUAAAUAGUGUUGGUAUUACAAAUGAUAAAAUUAUAUUCAUUGCUCCUCCACCUCUCGAUGAACUUGAAUGGGAAAAAGCAUGUAUACUGAAAGGAAGUGUACUUAAUAGAAAGAAUUCUGUUACGGGUGAAUACAGUCGUGCUUGUUGUAAGGUUGCUGAUAGGAACAAAAUAGAUUGCAUUGGUCUGUGGACAGAUAUGCAGCAAGAUAAGGACUGGAAGAGAUUCUUUUGUGAUGGUUUGCAUUUCUCAGAAGAUGGGGCACGUUUUCUAGAUGACAAAUUAUCACCACUGGUUUUAGAGAAGACGUCUCAUUUACCGUUUCUUUAUCCACUUUGGGAUGAAGUGGACGCCAAAAAUCCGGAAUCCACUUUGGACAAUUAUAAAGCAGCCAAGGAGGAACUGUGAUCUCUGCAACUCAGUAUGCAACCUGUAUAACCAUGGCAGUGUCUUUAGUGUUGUAUUAGACUUGCUUAGGCCAGACUUUUUUUGUUCUUUGUUUCUCGAGGCAAUUCUUUUGAG